GGCGAAACAGGUGGAUGGCACAGAGCGAAGAUCAGUGAGCGUGCAGAACAUCUCGAAGCAAUUUAAUUGUUACGGGUCGUCACAGAAACCGUGUCCUCAUUUCGUCUUUAGAAAUUGAUGGGAAAUACAUUUAUGAUUAAAGCUGGAAUUUAAUGUUCUGAUGUUCGAUAUGUCCUGAUGUUGGAAAACAGAAAAUGGAUAGUCUAAUGUCAUAGUGGUACUGCAUUAAGUAUUUGUUCACCUUUAAUAAUUAAAUUUAAGGUGUUACUCAUUAAUGACAAAAAUACCAUAACGGAUUUUGAGAAUGAAGUGGCUUUCAAUUUUGUCUCUGUGGAUAUUAUCAGUCGGGUACGUGACUUCUCAUGUCGCUCUGACAUUUCCUCCGGCGAGGAAAUAUGACCUUGAUUUCCUCGACAACAGCAGAACAAGAGGUCCUUGCGGAAUGCCAAAAGGGUCAAUUAAAACAACGCUACUUGCUGGUAAACCAUUCAAUGUUACAUGGCAUUUAGCAUAUCCUCAUCAGGGUGGUUUCAGGCUUCAAGUUUUAGAUAGUCUUAUGAGACCGGUAUUGGAUUUGACACCCGUAACUGAAAAAUCACAUUAUGUGAAUAUCGAUGCUACCGCCCAGCAUUAUUCAGUUCAAAUUCCUGCCAAUUUUGAAUGUUCCGAUUGCACUAUUCGUCUUCUGAGAGAAGCGAGGGAAUGGUCUCCUAAUUAUUUAUUCUGGUCUUGCGCUGAUGUCGAUAUCAAAACAAAAAAAACGUACAAAGAAGAUUGCAGCGGUCAUGGUCCUCAUCUGCUUUCCAAAUGUAGGUGUAGUCGACUGUAUUAUGGGCCGAGGUGUCAGUACCGUGAUGAAUGUGUGGAACAUAUCGACUGUGGUGACAGAGGUCGUUGUGUUGAUAUAAAUGCAACAUCUGCUCCGAGGAAACAAUGUUACUGUGAACUUGGCUGGUUUGGCCCAGCUUGCACUAAAAGAUCACCUGUCAAAUCGACAAGCAUUGACCUUAGCAGUCAUAAUCAUCGUGAGCUUAGUCCCAACUACAAUCUUUAUUGGCGGAUCAUACCUGAGGAUAGUGAGAUUGAAGUUGUUAUGGUUGUGAAUGGAACUAGUUAUGUGGGUUUAGGUUGGAGACCUAGCAGUUUGACAGCUGAAUGUAAAAACUUUCCUAAAAUCGAAGAUCUCCCUGGAACUGUAAAUACUCAUGCGUCUUUCAAAGUGGCGCCACAAAGUGAACCUGAGCCCAAAACUGAGCCAGAACCCAAAAGUGAACCUGAGCCCAAAACUGAGCCAGAACCCAAAAGUGAACCGGAACCCAAAAGUGAACCAGAACCAGAGCCCAAAAGUGAACCAGAACCAGAGCCCAAGAGUGAACCAGAACCUGAGCCAAAGAGUGAACCAGAACCAGAGCCAAGCAGCGAACCAGAACCUGAACCAAAAAGUGAACCAGAGCCUAAGAGUGAACCCGAACCUGAACCAGAUUCAGGAGACUCCAAAGCUGACCAUAUUAGUACAAAAAGUAUCCUUUCGCAAUUUAGUAGCACAACAAGGAAGCCUUUUAGACCUCUACGAACAGUAAAUUCUAGAAUGACUCGUGAUGAAGAAAGUCCUAAAGUUUCUGUUGAAACAAGUGUUUCCUUCAGAGUUAGCUCAUCCCAAGGUGGACCUGUCAGAGGAAAACGAGCGACACCAUUUUCUACAGAGCAUAGAACACAUCUUUUGUUCCGCCGGCCCAAAGCUUUGACCACGCCUGCACCAUCGCCCAAACCUGAACCUUCGCCAAAGGCAGAACCAGAGCCUGGCGCAGAACCAUCUUCUGAACCACAUCCAGAACCUAAUUCUGAGCCAGAACCAUCAGCCAAGUCAGAACCAGAGCCAAAUGCUGAACCUAAAUCCAAGCCAAAUACUGCAGUAAAAAAAUCUUCUAAAGAACAGAAUCAGAGACCUACAAAUAAGCAAGGUCUGAACUUCCUUCCAUACACUCCUCGACAUGAUUUCAAUCCCAUGGACUGUACAGAUAUGGUCAUAGGCAUGGCUCGAGGUUCAUCAUUUAAAAUUUGGGAUUAUUACACAAGAGAUCGUUCAACGCCGAGGCUGGACACUUUCUGGGGCGGGAAAAAUGAUUUGACUGCAGCCAUGGGUUUUGAAAAAGAUGGUGUUACUACCAUUCUGUUUAGAAAAAAACUUAAAGCUACGGAACCAACCGAUCAUUCAUUCGAAAAUGGAAUGAUGCACGUCAUUUGGGCUCAAGGACAAGAACCGGGUCAUUAUGUGCACAGUCCCAAAUCUGGUAUUGAAGCAAAUGCCGCUCUUACAAAAGACUUUUACAAACCAGAUGAACUUAAAUAUCAUGGGCACAAAGAUCAAAGAGGAGCGACGUCGAUAAAUUUUUUCGAAACAUCGAUCGAGGAAUCCGAAAACGACCAAGUGCCCAAACCUAUGAGUAUGUGUAGAGGUGAAUGGGAAUAUCCUAAAGGAUGCAGUUUGGAAAAACAAGAAUGCGAAUAUCACGCAAGUUGGCACUAUUCUUCGCGUAAAAAGAAUAUUUUCUUUACUAUUUCCACAACCAACACACAUCUCUGGACUGGAAUAGCGUUUUCCAAAGAUCAUAGAAUGUCGCAAACUGAUGCAAUCAUCGGUUGGGUUGACAAAACUGGAAGACCAUUUUUGAUGGACACUUGGAUCAUAGGGCAGACAGCUCCUAGGUUAGACGCCUCCCAAGAUAUUUUUAAUUUUACUGGUAAAAUUGAUAAUGGCAUGACGACUCUCACAUUCCAAAGAAAACGAGAUACGGGUGAUGUGAAUCAGGAUCUCCCUUUUACGGAUGACAAUUGUUUGUAUGUCAUGUUCCCUGUUAAAGGAGGUGAUUACGACGGUGUGAGUAAAAAAAUUAAAAAGCAUUACAACGUGCCUAGCUUUUCGCCCAGCAAAGUAUGCAUUCAGGCUUGCCCAGAAGGAGACGAGUUGCCGACUCCUCCCCCCAAGCCUUUCAUUAGUUACACAGUUGAAGUGAAACUGCAGAAUCUUGGCGCAAACUUCAAAGCGCCAAAAGUCGCCACGGAUGAUUUUGAAAUCUUGGCAAAAGCAGUCAAUUCAGGUUUCAAGUUGACUACAAACAAAAUCGAUCAAUUUAAAGCAUUGAAUGUUGUAAAAUUCGAACAGGAUAACGAUAAUGUUAUUGCCAAAAUGAAUUUGGAAGUGGAAGAGGAGCCAAGUUCAGAAGAAGAGUUACAAAAAAUCAAUGAGAAUGUUAAAAAGAUAUUUGAAGAAGUCAUUCAAAGUGGAAAAGCCGGUGCUCUUACAAUUGAUCCGUCUUAUUUUAAAUUCAGAGCAAACGAAGCAAACUCAGUUGUAACGUCUAAUUCAGAUUCAUCAAAAACUCUUUUAAAAUCUGAGACAAAACUUUGGAUAGUGAUAGGUUGUUUGAUCGCUCUGGUUGUGGCUGCCAUCUUACAAGCGAUUUGUAAUAUUUAUAAAGCAAUGAAAUCAUCUAAAUCUUUGAACAAGGAAAUUUUGUCUCAUAAUUCCGCCUGGAAAGACUAUUCGUCAGCAAAUACGAAUUAUGCGUUCGAACCGUACGAAUCUGAUGAAAAACAGCACAAUUCGAUUGGAAGGACAAACGGCUCAUCUAGAUCGACCAUGCAACACAAACCGGUAAGCAAUCACCCGAUGUUGACCUACCACCACGGAAACGGAGCUCAAUACGCCGAUACUAGAUCGCUGCAAAGACCGAAGGGUUAUCAUCACCCGGUAGAGAGGAGUACAUAUUCCCUGCCGAGGACGCAGCCCCAGCCCCAGCCUCCACAAGGCUAUUACACUCAAAGGCCAGAAAGAAAUUCUGGCGACCAGCUUCAGCCUGAUUUUUAUUUUAUGCCAUCGCAGAGAAAAUAUUCAGGAGAAGUUGUACGAGUUUAUGUGGACUACAAUAAUCCUCGAAAAUAAAGCUUACUUAAAAGAAAAAAUCUAAGUUUUUCAUUAUCGAAACUUAGACAAAUGGCAAACCUUCUGUCCAACAAACAAUCCUGAAUAUUUUAUAUUCAGCUUCAAUUAAACCAAAAAUAUUCGUGUAAAACUUUUAUAAAUACUUAUGUAUAAUAAUUAAAUGUAAUAUUGUAAAUAAAUUGUUUAGAAAUAGUUGUGAUGAAUGGAUGUAAAGUUUUUAUAUAUAUUAUGCAGAUGGCUGGCAAACUAUGUGACCUCAUUUUUUUAGCAUUAACAAAAUGUUCUUAAUUGUUUAUAGCGAUUGAGUAACCUAGUUUUAUAAUCUUUAGUUAUUGUUAUUUAUUUCUAAUAUUUAAUUAAGCUGUUAUCAGAAAUAACACAAGAAAAAUUACAAAUAAUUGUCUGUAAUAAAUUCAACCAAAUGCCGUCAUAAAAUGACAAUUUUAAAAAAGAACCAUUUCACAAUCCUUUAUUAUAGGACGUCGAAGGCAGGAAAUAUUAAGGUUUUAGGCUUUUUGUUACCAUUAAGCUAAGUGGUGGAUUUCCGUCAAGUUAACCAUUGUCAGUAAUUUGAAAUCUGCAAUAUAAAUAUUUUAAUAUGAACAACGGUGUGUAGAUAUGACUAUUUGUUACCUAUAACAACCGAUACAGUGACAAGAAUCACAACUACACACAUUUCACAUUUAAAAAAUCUAAAUAAAUAUUGAAAAAAUAUAGUAAACCAAAAAAAGGUAUAUUUUUUAAUUGUUUAGGGUUUUUAAAGCACUCUGA